AUGUGUGGCCGAAUAGUACCAAUCCAUUUGGCUUUUUCUCUAAAUCUUUAUGAGUGUAGAAAUUUGAAAAAAGCGCGGCCCAUGGCGGGCGUACCGAUUGGUUUCGCAGGGUUAAUCCCAAAUAUCGAAAUGCAGAGUUCCAAAUCUGUCAGAGAGGGUCGAAGCUGGACUGUCGGGUUGGUACCAAACUGUGACGAGCAUGGGAUCACGGUAUUUUGUAAACGAGGAUGA